AUGCGACCCUCCUCUACUCCAGCGGCCCGCACAACGAAACCGUCGCUGAGUAGGUCCGGUCCACCAAAGUCCUCUACCGGAAGAAAUGCCAGCCUUCUUCAAUUUUUCAGUAAAUCGGACGGUCCGCCAAAGUUGAAAUCGACCCAGAGUCGGAUCACGGCGUACACGAUUAAAGGGCGAAGUGGCAAUGGCUCUCAGGACAAAGGUUGUACGAAUACCGAUGCAAGAGAACUGGGAGGACUUUUUGUCGAGGAUGUUGGAAUGGGUGGAAAUACUGCUGCUAUUUUGGAGCACAGGUUGCCUGAUAGCCGCGAUCGAUCACAGUCCCCUGACUACCUCUGGGCAGAUAUAGGAAAUCCAAACUUUACUGCCCAGGGUUAUAACAAUGAUAGGUACCAUGAAAAUGGAGUCUCUAUAAAAAGGCGCAAAAUGGAGGAUGACGGGAUGGGAGUAAACUCCUUGCCCCUGGAGGCACGUGAAUCGGUUAUGACUGUCGACGAAACGGCGGGCGAUACUAAAGAGGGACGCUCAUCCUCAAAAGAUAAUACCGCUACUGCAAAAAAACUUAGCUAUUCUGGACCUUUUGUUAUUGAUUCAGACAGUGAAAACGAGCUAGAAUUGUCUCGUGACCCACUUGAGCCAUUGAAUAUUGAAAUACCCCAUAUACCUAAAGAAACUGAUGCAAUAGAAUCACGACCUACAGAUUUUGUUUUUGAAGCGCAGAGUGAGAUUGGAAUUGGAGAUGGUGGUAAAGAAGUUGACUCCAGUGAUUCCGAGGAAGGCGAUCCUGAUGAAUCGGCCGAAUGCGAUGUCUUCGGGAAUAUAGGAGGCUAUGUUGAUGAAGAGGCAGCAGUUUGUCCUGUAUGCCAAUCAAGCUUAGAAGGGCUAACAGAACAUGAGUCCUCUUUGCAUGUCAAUCAAUGCCUCGACGGGGCCAGUACCCAACUGGAGGAAACAAAACGUCAGGAGGUUGAUAAACCUGCAACUACAGCAGAACUCAAGCUCAUGGCUCGACCCGGGCAGAAAAAUCCAUUUAAAAUUAGCUCAAAUACUACUACUACGUUGUCAGCAUUUACAAAAAUAAUGUCGGGCAAUGCAGAGGACGCAGCAUGGUCAGCCGCUGCAGCGAAUGAAGUAGCAUCGAGAGGCAAGCAAUCUUACGAAAGGACCUGUCCCUUUUAUAAGAUCCUUCCUGGGUUUUCUAUUACUGUUGAUGCUUUUCGAUACGGCGCUAUCGAGGGCUGCAAUGCAUAUUUCCUAAGCCAUUUUCACAGCGAUCAUUAUGUGGGACUGAAUUCAAAUUGGUCUCAUGGCCCAAUCUAUUGCAGCAAGGUCACUGGCAACCUUGUUCGCCAGCAAUUGAAAGUAAAGGCAAAAUAUAUUGUUGACCUCGAAUUUGAAAUCCCAAUUGAGGUCCCUGAGACAGCUGGGGUAAAGGUCACUAUGAUACCCGCAAACCAUUGCCCUGGCAGCUCUCUCUUUCUUUUCGAAAAGCGCUAUAGCAACAGCCAGAAAAUCCAGCGGAUUCUUCACUGUGGUGACUUCAGGGCCUCGCCAGCACAUAUAUUGAAUCCAUUAUUGAAACCAAACAUUGUUGAUGAGCGCACUGGGCGAUUGCGAGAGCAAAGAAUCGACGUUUGCUAUCUUGACACCACAUAUCUUAAUCCAAAAUUCGGAUUUCCCGUUCAAGAGGAUGUGAUUGAUUCAUGCGCGCAGAUGUGUGUAAACCUGGAUAAAAACAAACCAGACGGCGAUGGCAUAUGGAAAGUUGGCGGGGACGCAUUAGCAAAAGACAAUACCGCAGACCAUGGUAACAAAGCCAAGCGCCGGUUGCUCGUUGUUAUCGGGACUUAUAGUAUAGGGAAGGAGCGAAUAUGCUUGGGAAUAGCAAAAGCUCUCAACUGCAAAAUUUAUGCCACUGCGGAAAAGCAGCGCAUAUGCGCGUGUCUUGAAGACCCAGAGCUGUCUAGCAUGCUUACCAAUGAUCCCUUGGAAGCUCAAGUUCACAUGCAUAGCCUGAUGGAUAUCCGUGCUGACACACUUUCGGACUACCUUCACUCCUUGAAGCCACACUUCACGCAUAUUGUAGGAUUUCGCCCGACGGGUUGGAACUAUCGUUCCCCGGCAGGCAGGAUGACAGAUAGCCCGCCAGUAUCAGCUGUUCUACGCUCAGACUCAUGGAAAGCUCGAUUUACCACCAAGAGCCUCGUGCCACAACGGGGUAGCACAAAAGAAGUCUCGUGUUUCGGCGUGCCAUACAGCGAGCAUAGCUCGUUUCGGGAGCUAACGAUGUUCUGCUGUGCCCUGAGAAUCGGCAAAGUUAUCCCAACUGUAAAUGUAGCGAGUCGGAGGACGAGAGAAAAGAUGAAGACUUGGAUUCACAAAUACGAAGCGGAGAAGAGAAAAUCUGGGUUAUUUUCGGUUGACGAGAAUGCAACGAGGUGGUGA